AUGGUCUCAAAGGCGAAUACGAAAACUCAGUUUGUGAGUAACUAUGGUAUAUUUCUCAAGGCGCUGAAGAUGCAAUCUGUAUUUGACGACAAAAACGACUUUUUGGAUGUCGUGUAUUGGUUUAGGCAAGUUUUUGCCAUUAUAGUCGGCGUUAUCUGGGGUGUAACCUCGUUUACGGGUUUUGUAGCAAUCCUCAUGUUUUUUGUAACAAACAUAUGCUUUGUCUAUGCAUACGCUGCAAUUUAUCAACGUGUUGAUGAGGAUGAAUAUGGUGGAUAUGGGGAGAUCAUUAAAGAAGGUUUAAUGACAGCUUUUGCGUGCUUUAUGUGCGAGCCCAUUGUUCUGAAAAGCAAUUCGCGCUUUCGCAUUCUUCUGGGUAAUUCUCCCGACACUACACAAUUUAAAAACCAGCCAAAUUCGAAACAGCUUUCUUUAAGAAGUGUGGUAGAGAAUAUCCUCUUUAAUUGUACAGCCGGGGACGUGUUCAAUGUAGAUAUAGAAUCCGUUGAGAGAGGCGAAAAACACAAAGAUCCUACAGAGUAUCAUCUAUCAUUACGCGUUGACUAUGUACUUGUUCCACCGAUCUGUGGCGAUCCUACUAUGAAUGUUAAUGCUAAAAUAUUAGAAUCAGAUUUAAGAGAAAAUACUACAGUUGAUUGGAAUCCUGAUUUAACAAUUCAAUGGUUAUAUCGAGCUUGGUAUUUAAAAGAAAGAGGUUCUUGGUUGGUAAAUCAUCAUUUGAAAUGUGUAACAUUACACUUGAACGAUUCAAAUAGUAAUAAUAACAGAGAGGAAUUAUUCAAAUACAUUUGGUCAUCAGCUUUUGCAUGUUAUUCCAGAGCUUUGCAGCUUGUUUCAUUAGCUUAUUGGGCUGAAAAAACAUGUGUAAAUGAUGUUUUACCAAUGGGAACUGACGAAAAUGGAUCUGAUUGUACAAAAAAUAAAACUAGCACAAAUAGUAAUAUACACUGGAUUCAAGUGGUAUCAGGUGAAAAAUCCAUAACUUGUAAUAAUGGUGAAAAAUUGAACAGUUCAGACUACAAAGAUUGGGAUCGUUUUGGGGAUAUUGAUCAGAAAACUAUGUUUCCAUUACAAUGUAAACCUUUACGCUUGAUGUUUAUCCUCCUUUCAAAUGUUGCUUUAUGUCAAUUGAAAGUUGGAUCUAAUGAAUAUUGUGCUAGAAAUUGUUCACAUGCUUUAUAUCUUCUUUCAUGUCAAAUAGAUUCUUCUAUAUAUUCAUCAACUAAUGAUUAUUAUCAUCAAGAUAUCAUUAAUACAUCAUUAUUUUCACAAGAAAAACUUCAAUUCUAUUGGGAUAAUUUUGAAAUAUCUUAUCAAGAUAUACAUAAAGUACUAUUUCGUCGUGCUCAAUCUUAUUUUAAUCAAGGUAAAAUGGAUGAAGCUAAAUUUGAUUUGGAAAUCUGCGUUGAAUUAAUGAAAAGUCAGUUAUUAGCAUUGCAAAAUAAAGACCAUAAGGAGAAGACUAUAGAAAGUAAUAAUAAUAAUAAUAAUAAUAAUAAUAAUAAUAAUAAUAAUAAUAAUAAUAAUGAAGAACAAGAUAAGGAGGAAAAGGAUACGGAGAGCAACAACAAUUGUAAACAAAUUAAAACAGCUUUACAGGCUAGUGAAAACCUUUUAGUCAAAGUGAUUGAUCGUAUAAAACGUGAUCAAGAUGAGUUACUGUCUCGUAUUAGGAAACGAACACAUGUAAAUGAAUGAAACGAUAUGUUUUAUUGUAUGUUUUAUAAGUUUUAUUUAUUCAGUGAAUAAUUCUACUUCAUAUAUUAUUAAAGAAAUCAUCUUCGUAUCAGUUGUUUGAUAAUUUGCAUCAUAGAUUCAUUCAAAGCUUUAUCCAGGUUUUUCAAAACAAUCAAAUAAGCAACAUUGAGGUUAGAUACAUAUUUACUAGGUACCAAUAAUGAUAUAUCGAUUGGUGAAGCUGUGCAACUUCAUUGGUUAAGAUGGCUAUGACAUACAUUAUAUUUCCUCGUCUUCUGCCUACCCCAAAGUGCAAUGAUGACUAUCUUGGGAUCAUUUUGGAUAAAAGCUGGGUGCGGAAAAACUAAAAUGUUCCAUCAGUUUAUCAAAUAAUUGUCUGUUACUCUGAGGUAUUUUGGUUGAUAGAAACGUUUUGUUUGAAAUCCUUCAGAUAACUGGUGUCAGUAGUUGGAAACAUUUGUUGACAUGGCUUAGAGUUAUUUACCGUAGUUUAGUUGGAUUUACUUUAUCUCCCCAUAAAUCUUGAGUUUUAAAGCAAGUAUAUAAAUUGUAUUCCUUUAUUUCAUCCCUUCUUUUCGAAAUAAAUUCUAUAUAUAUUUAGUCUUGCUGUAACUGAUACUGCUACUACUUCCACUUCUUUGAUACCCUGUUAAUUUCAUUGCUUUGUACUAGUGUGAGAUGUGAUAACGGUAACCUAUACACAUCUGUACCACAUUCUACGUUGAUUACGAUGGACUGACUGACUGAUAUCUUACGAUCACUGGAAACAAAGUAGGUGGAGUAGAAUUCUUAUCCAAUCAUCGUAAGUUGAUUGGUUUAAUUAUCAAGAUAUUGUUAUACUAAUAAUAUGACCCUAGUAAGCAUAAGAAGUAUCUUAAUAUGAUAGUUAGUUUAUUCAUGCUUUCUUUGUAAAUUCAUUAUUAUUGAGAUUAGAAAGAAAUACCAUUUUUCAAAGAGAAUUUUCACUUCAAACCUUCGCUACCUACCUGGUCAUUUUUUAUCUUAAGACCGAGUUGUUAUAACGCUCGGUUUUGCUUCGUCUGAUGUUAUAACGGUUGGAUUUGCACGUUUACACGUAUGGGACGUUAAUUUACCUUAAACACAUAUCUACACUAGAUUCCCCGUCGCUGUCUAUUCUACAGGACUUUAACACAACUCAGAUCAAGAACACGUGAUUAGCCUGACCACAACGUAAAUAUAUUUCCACACUAAAAACCCAAUAAGAUCCAACAACAAUGAAUAGCCAAUAAUAAGUGAGUCAUAAUAAUAAGGAUAGGGGAAUAUAUAACUCAUCUGACACCUGUCAGACAAUCUACAUGUCUGACUAAGCAAACAACCAAUCAUUCUCGCCCACACAUCACGGAUACAACAGUUUGAAAUGAAUUGCAGUCCAUUGUCGGUUUCUAACCUAUUAACUUUGUUGAGUCAGGAAAUAUCAAUUCUCUGAGAACUCAGUAUACAUGCUUAUAAUAACGUGCAACACUUUUAUCUCUUCCUUGGUAGAAAUAACUUCAGUAAAAGAUUUCACUGAUUAUUAUUUUCUAUAUUCAGUUUGUUUAUUGUUCUUCCUCUCCCCCCCCCCUAUUUCUUUCUUAAAUAUACACUUCAUUGUCCAAUUAUUUAAACACUUCUUAUUACGUAAUCUUGUAACUUUUUAUGAGUGUUAUUGACCUAUAUCCUAUUAUGAAACAUUAAUUCAAGUCUUUAUUAUUCUUAUCACAACUAGUACACCUUUCAUUACAUGAUCAACUUGUACUCUUUACUUAUUAUGUUUAGUUAUGUAAUGUAUUCCACUGUUAUCAAUGUCUCAUAAACUGCCUUAAUUAAUUUAAUAAUUUCGUUUAUGCAUAUCAAUACAUUACUGUAUGUUAGUCUA